GUCGUGAACCGCGACAUCCAGAAGGCCGUCUUCACGCGCUGGGUGAACAACCGCCUCGGCGCCGACGGGUCCGGCGAGGCCGUCGUCGAGGACCUCUACGGCGAGCUCCGGGACGGCGUCGUGCUCUGCGCGCUGCUCAAGGCCCUGGGCAUGGACCCCUUCUCGCGCGGCGGUCCGGACCGGCGGCGUGGCGAGGUCUACCACAUGGGCAACCUGUCGAUGGCGUUCAAGGCCAUCGACAAGGCGGGCGUGAAGGUCGUGAACAUCGGCGUCCGCGACGUCUACGACGGCAAGCCGGACCUCAUCCUCGCGCUCGUCUGGGGCCUCGUC